AUGUUCUACACGUUUGAUAUGUUCUACACUUUUAACAUGUUCUACACGUUCAACAUGUUCUACACGUUAAACAUAGGCUACACGUUCUACUUGUUCAACAUGUUCUACACGUUCAACAUGUUCUACACGUUCAACAUGUUCUACACGUUCAACAUGUUCUACACGUUCUACACGUUCAACAGGUUCUACACGUUCAACAUGUUCCACACGUUCAACAUAUGCUACACGUUCUACACGUUCGACAUAUGCUACACAUUCUACACGUUCAACAUGUUCUACACAUUCAACGUAUGCUACACAUUCUACACGUUCAACAUGUUCUACACGUUCAACAGGUUCUACAUGUUCUACAUGUUCAACAUAUGCUACACGUUCAACAUGUUCUACACGUUCAACAUGUUCUACACGUUAAACAUAUGCUACACGUUCUACAUGUUCAACAUGUUGUACACUUUCAACAUGUUCUACACGUUCAACAUGUUCUACACGUUCAACAUAUGCUACACGUUCUACACGUUCAACAGGUUCUACACGUUCAACAUAUGCUACACGUUCUACACGUUCAACAUGUUCUACACGUUCGACAUAUGCUACACGUUCAACAUGUUCUACACAUUCAACAUAUGCUACACGUUCUACACGUUCAACAUGUUCUACACGUUCAACAGGUCCUACAUGUUCAACAUAUGCUACACGUUCAACAUGUUCUACACGUUCUACACGUUCAACAUGUUCUACAGGUUCUACACGUGCUACACAUUCAACACGUUCAACAAGUUCUACACGUUCAACAUGUUCUACACGUUCAACAUUUGCUGCACGUUCUACACGUUCAACAUGUUCUAUACUUUCGACAUAUGCUACACGUUCUACACGUUCAACAUGUUCUACACAUUCAACAUAUGCUACACGUUCUACAUGUUCAACAUGUUCUACAUGUUUAACAUGUUCUACAUGUUCUACACGUGCUACACAUUCAACACGUUCAACAAGUUCGACCUGUUUUGCACAUUCUACAUAUUCAACAUGUGCUACACGUUCUACACAUUCAACAUAUUCUACAUGUUCUACAUGGUCAACAUAUUCUACACGUUCAACAUGUACUACACUUUCAACAUAUUCUACAAGUUCUACAUGGUCAACAUAUUCUACACGUUCAUCAUGUCCUACAUGUUCAACAUGCUCCAGGCGUUCUACACGCUCUACAUUUUGUACAUGAUCUACAUUAUCUACACAUUCAACAUGUUCUACACAUUCAACAUGUUAUACACAUUUAACAUGUUCUAA